GCGCGGACGUCGGCGGCGGGGCGGGCGCGAUGGCGGCGGCGGCGGCGGCGGAGGCGCUGUCGCGGGUGGCGGACGUGGAGAUCGACGGCGGCGGCGUCUUCAAGUACGUGCUGGUGCGCGUGCGCGCGGCCGGCGGGCCCGGGAAGGACGUCGUGCGCGGCCACGGCUGGGCCGAGUACCACGCCGACAUCUACGAGCAGACGGCGCGGGAACUGGCGCAGCAGGGCCUGGGCUGCGAGUGCCUGGGGGGCGGCCGGCUCUCCCACCGCCCCGAGGAGAGGAAGAUCCACGUCUACGGGUACUCGGUGGGCUUUGGGCGAGCGGACCACUCCGUGACUACAGAGAAGCUGAAAGCUGAGUAUCCGGACUACGAGAUCACCUGGGCAGAUGAAGGCUACUGACUCGCUCUAGCCGGGCAGCGGCACUGACGCCAGCCUGGCGCUGGUGCGGCCAGAUCCGGCAUCAGGGCGGGGGCAGCAGGCUCCCUGUGCUCAGCAGCACUCUGGGCUCUCCUGUCUUUUCUUUGUGUUGAACUCGCCUGUUCUCCACUGUCACCGGACUUCCCACAUGCCGUGGGUGAUGCCCGCCUACCCAGCACAGCACAGCAAAGCCUCGGUGAAGCCGGUGGGUGCUCUGCCCUGGCCUCCCAGGUAGCGAGGGGGUUUGUCGACGUGUGUAUGUGAGAAUUAAACACGUUGGGGAGCACA